UUGUCUUCGACCGCCUCACCGGUGUCGCCGCUCUGCUAAUGACAAUCGUCGAGAGUGCACGUGAGUGUCCUAGUGGCCUAUGCACCCUAGUGCGUCUGUGAGUUCCCGGUGCGGCUUCGAGCUGGAUCAUCCGGGAGGUUUCGGCUCAUCGCCCUGGGCCGCCGUCCUCGGGCACCACCACACGGCGGCGGCUGCAGCGGCAGCGGCUUCGAUCAUGCAAACCGGGGAACACCACGCGUACGGUGCACCGCACCACCCCGCCACGCCGAUGGAUUUGCACAUGCCCCAAGCUUUCCCCUAUUACCGAUACCGGGACGACACGCUAUGCUGGACUGACAGGAAACCCUCGGUUGAGGAUGUCGGGAAUCCUUCGUCGGUCAACGCGCGCAUUCUAGAAUUGAGGAAGGAAAAAAGCAGAGAUGCCGCCCGGUCUAGAAGGGGGAAAGAAAACUUUGAGUUCUAUGAACUCGCGAAAAUGCUUCCGUUGCCUGCCGCAAUCACCUCUCAAUUAGAUAAAGCUAGUAUUAUUAGACUGACGAUCUCGUAUCUUAAAUUAAGAGACUUCUCUGGACACGGAGAACCGCCAUGGAGUAGGGACGGGCCACCUCCGAACAAAACCUUAAAAGCCAGUAGGCGAUCUUCUUCUAUAUCCGAAAUUUUCGAACAACAUCAGGGAACGCACAUACUGCAGUCUUUAGAUGGAUUCGCCUUAGCUAUAGCGGCGGACGGUAGAUUUUUGUACAUUUCGGAAACUGUUUCAAUAUACUUAGGACUUUCGCAGGUCGAAAUGACGGGCAGUAGUAUAUUCGAUUACAUACAUCACCAAGAUCAUUCGGAAAUAGCUGAGCAACUAGGUUUAGGUUUAUCACAGGGGCAGAAUCUGGCGUCGCCUGGAAGUGGUUCCGAGGAAAGCGGUUCCACCGCCGGCACGAACAACCCCGAUGUUUCCACUGUAAUGUCAUUAGGAACGAAUCCACCUUAUAAGGGACUAGAUAGGGCGUUUUGUAUUAGGAUGAAAUCAACUUUAACGAAACGAGGCUGUCAUUUUAAAUCAUCAGGUUACAGGGUGGUAUUAAUGCUAUGUAGAUUAAGGCCCCAAUACACGUUUUCCCACUCCCGAAAAUCGCAGCCGCCAUUGCUAGGGAUGGUCGCGCUAGCAAUAGCACUCCCUCCACCGAGCGUCCACGAAAUACGAUUAGAGUCCGACAUGUUCGUCACUAGAAUUAAUUUCGAUUUUAAAAUAGCCCAUUGCGAACCGAAAGUAAUGGAACUUUUGGAUUACUCGCCCGAGGAGUUGACGGGAAGGAACCUUUAUUCCUUAUGCCACGGCGAGGACGCUAAUAAGUUAAGAAAAUGUCAUAUAGAUCUAAUAAAUAAGGGCCAAGUGUUGACGCACUACUACAGGAUAAUGAACAAGAACGGGGGGUACACGUGGGUGCAGACGUGCGCCACUGUCGUGUGCAACACCAAAAAUGCCGACGAACAAAAUAUCAUUUGCGUGAACUACGUGAUCAGCGGCCGCGAAUAUGAGAAUCUAAUAAUGGACUGCUGCCAACUCGAAGACAAUUCGCACAUGGUGAAGCGGGAAGAGGCUAACAGCAACGACCCGGAGAACGGCUCUCCAGACGCGGACCCUGGAGACGACCGCAACAGCGGAGGUCCGCCCAAUCCGCCUCAAGACUCGACUCAAGACAUCGAAGACGCACCAUGUGCAGGCACAGGCCACAACACGGAUUCCGGAACUACUAACAAAAGCGAUUCGAACGAUUUGCGGACGCGACGUUUAGACCAGACAUCCCAAUUACAAUCGACGACCACCCAAAGCGAACAAAGGAAAAUUAACACCCCCAUGAGACGCGCGUUGAAACGAAAGAACACGUCAUCGGAUGAAAACGAAGAAGAGGCCCAACCGAAUGUGGUCAUGAGUCCCGCGUCAUCUUGUCAUUCGUCAACGGCUACACAUGCUGUAGUAUCGACUGCCGAGUCCACCGGGAACAGUCCGAAGAAGCUGGACGACGGGUCGGUAGCUGGGGGAGCUUCCGUCAAAGACUUGGAGAACGCCAUGUCGAAACACUUGCCGUCGUGCAAGUCGCCUCCUCAUCAACCUACGGAUUUCAGUACCGAUGCGCUACUGAAGCAGCAACAAAGAACGACGAUUCAAUGGAUAGGAGCUCAUCACCAGCAGCUUCAGCAGCAAGGGCCACUUCCGGCUUCCGCGCUGCUCAGGCAAUUGUACGCCAACAGGGAGAGCGUUAUCAGGGCGAACGUACACGGCAUUACCAGCGCUAGUGGGCGAUCUAGUAGCUCUUCCGGAUAUUACCCGAAUGACAGCCAAGUCGGAGUCGGUCCCCUGCCCACACCUCCCGGUAGCGAGGGUUCGUCUUCGUACGGCGAACAUCAAUUUCUGCUCUCACAACACCAAAAUUACCCCACGGGAUAUUCGAUGGAUUAUCAUUCAGCGAUGACGCCUCCGUCCAGUGUGUCUCCCCGUGACAAACAUCAACAAAUUCACGGAGGCGUGGCCUUCGAGUCCGCGGUACCCUAUCAGGAUGUGCUAAGGCAGUACCCAGAUAGUCCGCUGCCAUUAAAACCCCAAGUAUAUUCCUACGUGGAUCAACCUCAGUUCUAUCAUCACGGCGCCACCGGAGCCGGAUUUCAUCUCUAUCACCCCAGCAAAGGCACGGGAGCACCCACGAACUGGUACUCAUCGUCAUAGUUAAAUGUUCACGUCAUUGGCAAUAGGUUUGUUCCCAUCAAUUUGUUGGCCGUUUUAAAAAUACAAUUUUCAUCGCUCGUCUCUUCUGGCAGUUCGAAGACAAUACUCAAUUAACAAAAACCAUUAUUUGGAACCGGUAUACGAAGAUUCAUUAUUUAUCGAUAACGCGUGCGCAACUUUGUUGGAACAAACCUAUUCCGUGCUAUUUAAUUACUGACUCUUUGUUAUUUAAUUUUUACAUUGUUGCGAGGCAUUUAAUUUCAUAGAGGUAGUUAGUUUUUCCGGAAUCUUUUUUUUUAUUUCAAUGCGGACGAUAUUUUUUGUUUUACCGUUUCGCAUUCAACUAUUUUUAAACCAAAGAAAAUAAUACGAAAUAACAAAUUAUUUUCGGACACCCACUUAAUGGAACAAAGCUUUUGUAGUACACCAAGUGACUUAGUCGAUGUUAUUUUGUAUUAUUGAGCUUAUUCACAGUCACUUAUUUUUUAAGUAUGUCGGAAAUUACUGCAAUACGCAAAAUAAGCGAUAUAAUGUUAAAUCCGAUUGAUAGCUGUAUUAUACGGUGUGAAUCAAAAGUGACGCAAGCUAAAGUUGAUACGAAUACAGUACAACCGCGCUUAUCCAGAAAUGGUAGACUUCGGCGUAUGUGCUUAUACUUUCAUUUUAAUUUUGCAUCGGUGUCAUUCUUAAAUAUCUGAAUAGGCGCGCCGUUACUGUGUUUGCAUUUGUAAAUAGUAUAUCAGUAUAUAUUAGCCAGAUACUUGUAUGUAUGUUAUUUUCUGUUGAGCAUUGGAUAAAAAACUUAGAAAGUUUAAUAGUUAUGAGGAAGGACUACCAAAAUCAGUGUUUCGCAGAGUGUACCGAUUACCGAAAUCAGACAAUGCUCGACUAUAUCACGAUAAAAAAAAGGUGCUGACAAUGUAAGAAUGUGAUAUUCUUUUAUAAUUUUGUUACUUUACUUGUUCCAAUACGUUAACAUUUUGAACUAUGUUGUCGCAUGAUGUUCAGUACAAAAACUUUCGUAGCUUUACUAUAAGUAGAAUACAUAUUAUUUAUGUGCAAUAUAUACUUAAAUUGUCUUAUAUGUUUCGACUAUAUUUUGGUAUUAGCAAUGUAACUUUGAAUGUGGUUAAUUUUCGCAAAAUCAACAUUUUUUUAUAACUAUGAAAUUACCGGUCCCAUCGAAAAAUGUAAAUUUGGCAUCACAUCUGAAUCUGCUGAAAUUU